GAACGUUUAUCAAAAGUGACUGAAGAUCUCACGCAACGCAAUUGGCGAUUUUUUUGUUAUAUUUUCAUUGUAAAUGUAAUACAUCUAGUUUGUCUCAAAACUCGUAAAACAGUGUUUACAUUGGAUACAAGUAAACUUUAUUCUAUACGACAUUACUGUCUAUCGGUUUAAGUUACUGCUUAAAAAUGUCUUCACCGACUGAAGAAAGCGUUAGGCGCAACAGUGAGAGCGAGGGAGGCGAAGUGGAAACCCCAGAGCAUGACCCCCAUUACGACCCCAUCGUGUCGCUGCCGCUGGUGGACAUUCACACGAACGAGGAGGAGGAGGAGGAGCUGGUGAAGAUCCGCGCACGGCUCUACAGAUACGACACGGCCGAUCAUGAGUGGAAGGAGCGCGGCACAGGCGACAUCAAGCUCCUCCGGCACAAGGCGAACAACACUGUGCGUGUGGUGAUGCGUCGUGACAAGACGCUCAAAGUGUGCGCCAACCACUUCAUCACCCCCGACAUUCGUAUGAACGUGCACUGUGGCUCCGAUAAGGCCUUUAACUGGUCCGUGUUCGCUGACUUUGCUGAUGAGACAAUGAAGCAAGAACUUCUGGCUAUCAAGUUUGGCAAUCCUCAAAAUGCUGAACUGUGGAAGGCGAAAUUCGCCGAAGCGCAAGAAAUAGUCCGGACUAAAUGUAGCCUGUAUACCCAGGAUCCGUCGUCCGAUGAUGAAAGCAGCAUCACUCGGAGUGAAGACACGGACACUCCAGAGCCAAAGAGUUCCGACAAGUCUGAUGAAAAAACAACGGAUAAAACUGAUAAGGAUUCGGAAGGUGUUGUUCUGAAGCUCAAAGAGCUCACAGUGGAAAGUGAAAAAUCUGAAUAACUUGCUUAGUUUAGUGUCUAGUUUGUUAGUGUACUGUAACAUGUAAUGUUUCAUAAUUUUAUUAGUAAUAAUAACGUAAAACUGCCACAGUUUGUAAAAUUGAAUGAUGAGUGUCUUAACCUCUCAAUUUACACUGUUGUUGAAUGGUCAGAAGAAAAAGACGAUUUUUGUCAUGCUUUUUUUGAAUUUUGAUGAUGUAAGGCCAUAGUUCAAUUUAGAGCUAAGUAAAGAUGAAAUGCCAGGUUAUGAAACGAAUCAAUUGAUAUGUGAGUUAGUGUGUGAUUUCGGGAUAUCAUGUGAAACCAAAAAUAGUAGUAUUUCUUAUUUUUAAGACUGGGGUUGGUUGCAUAAAACUGUUGUUUUUAAACUACUUGCUAAAAUGAUCAUGCCUCUAAAUCACACAAAUAACAAUGAUAAAUAAUUAACAUGCAAGCAUGAAAACCUUUUGGGUGCCAAGUUUGUAUAAGAAGCCCGAAUUUAAAACUGUCAGCCAGGUCGAGGCACAUCUACAUACAGAAGUAGUGCGAAAAGGGUUGCCUUAGUAUUUUUCUGGAAAUGUUCGUAUUUGUUAUGCUAGUUCAGUCAAUGUAAGUGCAUCUUGUACUGACACUGACUGAAAUAGCAUGACACGUUCGUACGCUUCCGUAUCAAUGCAAAGGCCAAUCUUUUGGCACGUCUACAUAGCACGUUUGCCUCGCGAGCACAUUGCCUCGCGACGUGUGGACCCGGCUAAUACCUGCAAGUUUAUACUGUGAUGUCAUUGUAGAACAGUGACGCUGACGUGUAAAAGGUAUCCUAAGGUUAUUUUGGGCUUGCUAGUUUAAAUUCAUUAAUAUAGGUUAAGUUAUCAGUUGUUUUAUUGAAUGGAAUUGUAAUGGAGGAAUCUGUAGAUUUGACUCCUAAAUUUUUUGUAAAUGAGAAAUGAAAUCAAUUUGUGUUUGACAGGUUAGACACAAAUAAAAUUUGUGUUAUUUCUACAUAGAAAUACUAAAAAAAAUGUGGGGUCGCUUUUUCAUGAUUCUAAGCAGAUAUUUCAUAAAUUUGGUGUCAAUCAUGUCUGAAAAUUUAUAGAACGGCUAGUUAUAACGGUAUAGGUCAGCUCAAGGCCAAUGUAAUAUCCAAUUGAGGCCACUAUUGCCACAAUAAGUAUAAUUACAAAUAUGAUAGGUACUAGAAAAGUGGUUAAAUCUAAAAAUAACUAUGUUUGUAGUUAGUUUCUAGGGCAACAGCAAUGUUAAUGAUAUUUUUUCUAUGACUAUCUUAUCUCGUUUUCUGUAAUUCAAAUUCAUGAUUGAUAUAUUUUAUUGAAAUCUUAUUUAUGCAUUUUCCUGAUAAGCUUCAUAAUUAUUAACUUACUUUAUUGCAUGUUACAGUAUCUAAUCAUUGUUUUAAGUUGUUAAAAUAAAACUUUUACUUGUAGGCAUGAAUGUCGUGAUAUUUGGAUUUGAAUUUCAGAUUGAAUACAAGAUAGAAUAAGCAAUGUGUAGACCCUGUUACCAUGGAGAAUAAAUCAAAAACUUAUAGGUUAGGAAAAGUAACAUUUUUUCUUCAGAUUGUGUAUGAUAUUGUCUAUCGGGAGGAUAAGGUAAAGAAAUUAGUUUAAAGUUAUUCAACCUCGGUAAUUGGGUCUAAUAAUAUACGUUUAGUGGUAACCAUGCAUUUUUUUUACUGACGAAAUUUUACUACCCUAAAAACUUUGUAGUUUCAUACGAUUUGGAAUACUUGGAAUUAUGAAGUACAUACAUUAUUUUAUCGUAUUUUACCGUAAACGGUACGGGAAGUGUAUUCAAGUUCUAAUGAAUUGCAUUUUUAAUUUAACUAACAUAGAUGGAUAUGUUGACGUGAUAUAUUGCAACAGAUUCAUUUAUGCAUAAUUGGAUUUAAAUAUUUUAAUUUAACAGGUUCAAUGUCCCGCUCUUUGUAAUAAGGCCUUAAGGCAUAACCCAUUUGUAGAAGCACUGGGCAGUGAACAUGUCAACCCUUUUAAUGUCACGCGCCAAAUUUCGAAUAAAGGUACAUUUACACGGAGUGAGAACUCUCCAGUUUCAUUACAUUGCAUAAUUAUUUUGAAUUGUAUGUAACCUGAAGAGACCGCAAUGUAACUAAAAUCGCAUGAGAGUUGGCAUUCGCGCGCCAUCUAAUACAGCCUUAAAAUGACUGUUUGUACCUUGUGUCUAUCUAUUUUAUGACCAUAUUUGGCUGUGGCAAUAGAAGGAUUAAAAAUAGGAGUUAUUCAAAAAUGUUUGCUUUUACAUUCCGUUGGUAACUUUUAUCGUGGUCAAUUUAAUUUUGUGACGGAAGUCCUAAAGUUGUUUUUACGUGUUAUUCGAUAUCGUAAAAAUAAAUGUAAUUCGUGAAAAA